CUCCAUCUUUUUUCUCUAUGGAUUCUCUAGCUCUCUUCGCCACGGCUUCUCUUAUCGCCGUUAGCCUCUACUGGUUCGUAUGCAUUCUUGGCUCCGCCGAGCAAAAGGGCAAACGCGCUGUCGAACUCUCCGGUGGUUCUAUCGCCAAAGAGAACGUUCAAGACAAAUACAAACAAUACUGGUCUUUCUUCCGUCGUCCUAAAGAAAUCGAAACUACCGAAAAUGUCCCUGAUUUUGUAGACACUUUCUACAAUCUCGUUACUGAUAUUUACGAAUGGGGAUGGGGUCAAUCUUUUCAUUUUUCCCCUUCUAUCCCUGGAAAAUCUGAUCGUGAAUGCACGCGCAUUCACGAAGAGAGGGCUGUGGAUCUGUUAGGUGUAAAGCCUGGAGCCCGAAUUCUAGAUGCGGGCUGCGGGGUUGGCGGACCUAUGCGGGCCAUCGCAGCUCAUUCAGGUGCUAAUAUUGUUGGUAUCACCAUUAACGAGUAUCAAGUAAAUAGGGCUCGACUCCACAAUAAGAAAGCGGGACUUGACUCAUUAUGUGAAGUUGUGUGUGGGAAUUUUCUAGAAAUGCCUUUUGAUGACGACAGUUUUGAUGGAGUUUAUUCAAUUGAAGCAACAUGUCAUGCACCAAAACUCGAAGAAGUGUACAGAGAGAUAUACAGGGUAUUAAAACCCGGAUCUCUGUACGUUUCGUAUGAAUGGGUUACAACUGAAUUGUUCAAUUCGGAUGAUCCCGAACAUGUGGAGAUUAUUCAUGGUAUUGAAAGGGGCGAUGCCUUGCCUGGAUUGAGAAAAUAUAGUGAUAUAUUUCAGGUUGCUAAGAAAGUGGGAUUUGAAGUUGUUGAUGAGAAAGAUUUAGCUAAGCCACCAUCGAACCCAUGGUGGACGAGGCUGCAGAUGGGGAAAAUUGCGUAUUGGAGAAAUCAUAUUGUGGUUACAGUGCUUUCUUGGCUUGGAAUUGCACCUAAGGGUACAGUAGAUGUGCACAAGAUGUUGGUUGAGACAGCUGAUUAUUUGGCUAGAGGUGGCGAUAAAGGGAUUUUUAGUCCUAUGCAUAUGAUUCUCUGCAGAAAGCCUGAAGAAAAACUAGCCAGACAUCUUCAGAUUAGUAAUUCCAAUCGAGUACGUCGAAAUUAUUGGAUUGGUUUACCUAUUAAUGGCAUUUUUGUUUUCUCUUGUACCAUUUUCGAUCCUUUGUAUAAUUUCUAG